AGUGAAAUUGAAAUUCUAUGAUGCAUUGUUUAUUUUUAAUUUUUAAAAUAAAGUAAUAUAUGGUAUAUGAUAAUAGAUGAAAACAAAAUGAAUUUUUACUUCUCUGGAAUCCCCUUUAUUUUUUCAUAUUUAGUAUUAUUUUGCUUCAACCCUAUCGACUGUGAUAAUAUUGAAAAUAUUAAUCUACACGAAGAUCAUUUACCUUAUUAUUUCAAUCAGUUUCCAUCAGUUUCUGCUGUAUGUGAAAAGACUCAUAAUUGCCCAUUUAAAAAGCAUAUAACGAAAAAUAAAUGCUGGGGCUAUGAAUCAGAUUGUACCCGUACUAAUCAGUAUUCAAUACCAAGGUGUCCUGGAGAUCACCGAGGAUGGGUAAAGUCAAAAUUUGAUCAACAGGACACAUUUUAUCAUCAGGCUGAUUUUGGAUAUAUAAAAGAACAGCUGGAAAAAAUGAAGCUUUAUUGUGAACCUUUUUUCAUUGAUGACAGCUCUCUUGAAUGUUCUGAAAAUUUAAGAUUUUGUCGUGGAAGAAAUUUGAUGAUAAAUUUCACAUCAUUACUUGAAAGAGAUGAACCUAUUAGGUACAAAAUGGAUGUAUUAUCAGAUGGUGACAUUGGAGGAUAUUGUGAAUUCAAAAAAGAAUUAUUGGAUAAACAGUUGGAUCAUUUGAGUCCGUUACAGAGUUGGGCACCUGAAUUCAGGUAUUUCACUAGGCUUAAACGUAAACCUAUCAUAGAAGGAGACUGUGAUGUUAUUUUAGAAAAACCCACGUAUAUUUUGAAGAUUGAUGCUACUGUCAAUAUGUAUCACCAUUUCUGUGAUUUCCUGAAUCUCUACGCAUCUUUACACAUCAAUGCGAGUCACCCAAGUGCAUUCUCUACCGAUGUUCAUGUAUUAAUUUGGGAAACUUACACUUACAGAUCUUCUUUUCAAGAUACUUGGAAAGCUUUUACUGAUCAUCCAAUUUUGGAUUUGAAAGAUUUCAAAGGAAAAAAAGUAUGUUUUAAGAAUGUUGUUUUUCCCUUAUUACCAAGAAUGAUAUUUGGACUUUAUUACAAUACUCCGAUAAUUUAUGGUUGCGAAGGAAGUGGAUUAUUUGACGCCUUCUCCAAGCAUAUUUUGCACAGAUUGAAGAUUCCAUUUUAUAAAAGAUACAAUAAAAAGAUAAGAAUAACAUUUUUAUCAAGGGAAACAAGAUACAGAAGAAUAUUAAACGAGGAUGAAAUAGUGACAAGUUUGAACAAAAAUAAACAUUAUGAAGUACAAAAAAUUAGCUUCAAUCAACAUAUUCCUUUCAAAAAACAACUAGAAAUUACACGAAAUACCGAUAUAUUCAUUGGAAUUCAUGGAGCAGGUUUGACACAUCUUUUAUUUCUUCCUCAGUGGGCUGCUGUUUUCGAAGUAUACAAUUGUGAAGAUCCAAAUUGUUAUUUAGACCUUGCCAGGUUAGCAGGUGUGAAAUAUUUCACUUGGGCGAAUGCAUCUCUUUUGCAAACAGUGAAUGAUGGUUCUUAUGAAGGAGGAGCACAUGCAAAAUUUGUAAACUAUCAUUUUGAUCCCACUGAGUUUUUGAAAAUUGUUGAAAAAGCUGCCAAACAUGUUAAAAAUCAUCCAUCCUUCAUGAAACUCUUUGAUGAUACCAACCAUGCUCAUAAUGAACUUUAGAAUGGUUGCCACAAAAUCAGUAAAAACAUUUCAAGAUCAAUCAAAAAGAUACAAAAAGAUCGGAGAAAGUAACUGAUUUCACCUGGAAAAUCAAAUUGAUCGAUUAAAGCCUAAAAUUAAAUUUUAUGACAAUAUAAAUAUUUUUCUGUAGGAUGUAAUCCAUGUUUGUAAUAUAUCGUACUUAAUAUAGAAUUCAGUUUUGUGAUAAAUUAAAUUAAGACUAUAAUAUUUUAAUGAUUCGGUAUUAAUUUAUUAAUGUAAUCUUGACAAUAUAUUUUGUCAGCUAUUUUAUAAAAUAAAAGAAAUUGCAUCAA